AUGGCCGAACAAACACGGCUCUACAUCUGGCUGAACUUGCCAGAUAACCAAGUCUCACUCGAGUGUGAGUGGCGAUAUGUACAGCAGAAUGGAAACGAGGCUCAGCAAUUCCACAAUUUGUACAUUGCGCCCAAAGUUCGCAACUCAGAACCACUAGAAACCACCCUCGGUCCCGGGGUGUGGAUCUCACACAAUGAUUCUCAGUCGGAGGCUUCUCAGCUCAGAAAGAAUCAAGAUUCAGCCAUCGCUGCGCUUCUCCAGGAAUGCAUCGCGCAAGAAGCCCUGUGCGUCUUCCAGGUUCCUAGAGUGAGUGGCUUCGCAGGGCAUGCCGACCCUUGGGCGUUUCGUGUGGCAGACUGUGCCCUUGUUUCUUCGACCAAGACACUUCUCUCGCCACUUCAGGAGAUAGCAGCUCCUUCGAACUCCACCAGUACCAUUGAUGGCGUAUUCAAGGCUUUAGACGUAUCGAUCGGUGCUAUCCUAUCCCCUCUGGAACUAUGCAAUGAGGCUAUCGACAAACUCGAGUUUGAACUCACCCGAAGGCUUUCCUUUCCUUUCAUCUCGCCAGAGCCCAUCCGCAAGCGGCGCAUCUGCUUCCUGAUAUGGAGUCGCAUAGCGGCCAAGAGAGCGGCAUGGGCCAAAGCGCAGGCGCUGGGUAUCGAAGUGGUAGUCAUGAGUUCCGGCGCAUGGUCCAAGGAUGACAAGCCACCGCAUGAGUAUCUGAUAGAUGGCUACAUCAGUAUGGAUUUGACUACAGACGAUGGCUUCUGGAGAAGAAUCGCUGAUGCAAUCAAGGCAUACCCAGAUUCAAUAGACGGCCUCUGGGGGCCGUGGGAUCCAUUCAUGGUGUCAACGGCCAUGGCAGCGAGAGAUCUGGGACUCUAUACACCAGAACCAGAGGCUUUCUCGGUUUCAACAAACAAGUAUCGCACGCGCCAGAUGCUCGACCCCGACGAGAAAGACUUCUUCACGGUGCAGAGCCUCAAAGAGCUGGAAUCGAGACUACAGUCUAUUAAAUCCGUCAACUUCCCUGUUGUAUGCAAACCAGUCGCUGGAUUAAGCAGCUGGGGAGUCUACCGCGCGAACAACGCUGCACAACUGCGUGAUGCAGUCGAGAAAUCUCUCAUCGUCAGCCAAGAGCUCCCCGAUCUGAGUGUUGUGGUCGAGCCAUACAUCGACGGGCCUGAAGUGGAUUGUAAUGUUGUCCUCUUCCGGGACCGGGUUCUGUACACUGAGAUUGUAGACGACUUUCCUUGCUCCGCAGACCUUGCGGAGGAUCCGACAGGAAAGCUCUUCACAGAGUCGCAAGCGGCCGUGCCCUCGAGGCUCCCUGAGAACGAACAACGGGCCAUCACCGACGAAGUGGUCUCGGCAAUUCGUAAAAUGGGCUUCGACACUGGCGUGUUUCACUGCGAGGCGAGAAUUUGCAACUCGUCCAUGGAAUACACUUUUGCCAAAGGUGCAACGAUCCCAGACCUUGAGCCUAUAGCAAAACCCAGAAGUUCCGAGGACACUCCGGUAUAUCUCCACGAAGUCAAUGCCAGGAUGCCGGGGCCAAUGAGUUCAGCCUCUAGCGUCAUCGCGCGCGGUAUCGACUUGUGGAUGUUGGGUGUUCUCUGCGCCGUUAGUGAUUGGACUCGAUACGAAGCGUUUUCAGCUCCAUUUCUCCAUCCAGAGGUCACCGACCACACGUGGCUCAUCAACUGCAUCGUGCCUGUCAGCUUGGAGCGUAUCAAGCCCCUGUUCCCCGAUCAUCCAGCGGAUCAGCUUGCACAUCAGGCGGUGGAUAGCAGUUACAGUCCUAUAUUGGAACUGGCCAAGACUCAUCCCAAUUUAACGAAGCAUGUGGCACGACACCAUGUGUACAUAGAGCCUGCGACGAGAUUGGGUGGCAAGGAGGGUGACUGGCUGUGGACUAUGUGUAUGGUGUUUCAUACUCCGCAUAGUCGCGAGCACGCAUUCCAGCUGGCUCAGGAAUUCCCGGAGGUUUACGAGGCCUUUGUGAGGGACAAGUAUGGCCAUGGAUAG